AAAAGGAAAUAAAAGUAACCAGAAAUUAUUCUGUUGGCUUUACCAACUCUCAGAAGUCAGAAGUUCAAUUAAUUCCGAUGCAUGCGGCCAUGGCGGUUACAUCUCCCUCCGCUCCCUAUGCUUACAACUGUAGGCUCCACCAAACCCUAGAGGCCUCCUGCUCUUCUUCCGCCUCCGCCUCCGCCUCCGCCCCCACCCUCUCCCUCUCCCGAUGCACUCUUUCACCUAAGGUCUCGAGCUUCUUCGGCGCUCGGAUUUCGGUUUCCGGUGGACUCGAUCAGGCGCUUCCAUCCUCAUCACAUCAGCUGCGGCGUAGCUCGCACUCAAAUCCUCGGCCAGGAAUAAAGGCUGUUGCAACUCCUGAUUCAGCUGUGGAAUUGCCGCUCACAGCAGAAAAUGUUGAGAGCGUGUUGGAUGAGAUCCGACCCUAUCUUAUUGCUGAUGGGGGCAAUGUUGCAUUGCAUGAAAUUGAUGGAAAUGUCGUCAAACUAAAAUUACAAGGAGCAUGUGGAUCGUGUCCUAGUUCCGUAGUGACAAUGAAAAUGGGCAUUGAGCGUCGUCUUAUGGAAAAGAUCCCUGAAGUUAUUGCAGUGGAAUCAAUACCAGAUGAAGAAACAGGGCUAGAGCUGAAUGAAGAGAACAUAGAGAAGGUGCUUGAAGAAAUAAGACCUUAUCUCAUUGGAGCUGCUGGUGGGGAUUUGGAACUAGUAGAAAUUGAGGAGCCAAUAGUUAAGGUGCGAAUAUCGGGUCCUGCAGCUGGUGUAAUGACUGUUCGAGUUGCUGUGACCCAGAAACUUAGAGAAAAGAUUCCAUCCAUUGCAGCGGUUCAGCUUCUGUCAUAGAUGCAUCUCAAAUAUCAAUCUUGCAAUGAGUGAUACUUAAUUAUGCAAAAUGAUUCUAGGGCAGAUUACGAAGCUGCAGGAGGUGCGUGUGUCAACAGAUAUGCUGAUUACAUGUACAUUGUAGCAUUAAGAAACAUGUGCUCUAUUAUAUUAUGCGCGGCAAUCUUAUCACUUGUUCCUCUAACACAGUAUGUUAUAAAUAAAAUAGAAUUCUUUUUGUCA